AUGAUCGACUACGAAGCUCAGCGGCAGGCAAACAUGCUGCACAAGCAGCAAUUGCUCGAGCAACUCAGCCUCGCCUCUUCCGACCCUUCUCGAGCUCCCACCAAACCUAUCACCUCCACCGCCGCCACUCCUCACUCAACUAAGAAGCGCAGGGUCGCUCAGAUCCUGCCUAUGAGAACCUCUGCCAGAAUAGCAGCAGCUCCUAUCAAGACAUACAACGAAAACACAUUAAAUAAUGAUGGAAGUUUUCGACGCACAAAGGUAACCCGCUCGAGGACGAUGAGAACGCCUCCCACAAUCAAAAUCGAAUCCAAAAUCGAGCCCAUAAAUGAUCAGGCAACUUUACCACCUCCGCUCACACUCACUCGCACCACCUCACUUUCAGAUCUACUCGACCACUGGAACAAAUGGUCUCCAACGGCACCACAACCGACCUUGACCUCCUCUGGAUACUGGUACUUCGAGGAUCAUCCCAAUUUCACUCCCAACAAAUCGCCGCUCGAGAUACUCCUCGAAGGAGCCUUCGGUGGUAGCUACUUCUCUUCCUGGUACUCACGCACACUCGGCCUCACCCUGGAAGACGACUAUUUGCACACCCUGCCCAAGGACUGGCUCCACGAACUCUCUCCACAUGCCAAGUACCUGACUUCACCCAUCUACACCCCCACACUAAACAAGUUCCAAGUCCCGUGCGGCCAGACACUCACCGAAUGGGAAGCCGCCGGCUGGCUGAACUUUGAAUUUGAUCCGCGAGGCUGGUUCGAAUGGUAUAUCCGCUUUUUCCUGGGACGUCGUUGCGAUGAUGACGACAGACAAAUCAAACGCUGGAUAAGGUGCGUUGGUCCAAAGGGUCGAUGGAAGAGAAUAUUGUUGAAGAAAUACAUCGACAUGGGGGUCACGUCCGUCUAUGCCGAUCAGGACGACGAAGACAUCCAAGUCAGCCCGGUCAUUCAUCAGACUUGCCACCAUUGGGCAUAUGAGGUUCGACAGGAUGAUUUGGAUCACGCAUGGGCCGAGAGGCGUCGCCAGUAUUGA